UUUAAAAUUGUUUUUAAUUAUUUUCAUGGAUAGUACUUAACAUAAUAAGAUGGCUCGAAGUGCAGAAAAAGCCAUGGCAAUUUUGUCUCGUUGGACAGCCAUGGUUAAUAGCGAAGAUAAACCGCAAGAUAAUGCACGUCGUCCUUUUCUUGCAACCGAGUGUAAUGACCUUAAAGAAGCUGAAAAAUGGAGACGACAAAUUAUUCGAGAGGUUUCGAAAAAAGUAGCUCAAAUUCAAAAUGCUGGCAUGGGAGAAUUUAGAAUUCGAGAUUUAAAUGAUGAAAUUAAUAAACUUUUAAGAGAAAAGAGACAUUGGGAAGAUCGUAUUGUAGAGCUAAAUGGUCCAAAUUAUGCUAAAAUUGGACCAAAAAUGUUAGAUCAUGAAGGAAAAGAAUUACCUGGUAAUCGAGGUUAUAAAUAUUUUGGAGCAGCACGUGACUUACCUGGUGUAAGGGAGUUAUUUGAGCAAGACCCACCAAAAGCGCCGCGUAAGAAUCGAGCAGAGCUGUACAGAUUUGUUGAUGCUGAUUACUAUGGUUACAGAGAUGAUGAUGAUGGAUUGAUUAUACCACUAGAGAAAGAGGCAGAAGAAAAAGCUCGUAAAGAAGCUGUGACUGAUUUUGCUAAAAAGUUAGAUUCUGAAGGCAUUACUUUAGAAGAAAAAGAUGAUAAUAUCUAUUUAAGUUUAAAUUUUGAUAAUGAUGAAAACACAGACAAUAUUGAUAAAUCUUUUGUUUCUCAUGUUCCAGUGCCUAGUCAAAAAGAAGUAGAGGAUAUGCUAGUAAGGCAUAAAAAACAAGAACUUUUAGACAGAUAUGCAAGUGAUAUACUUAAAGCUCAAAGUUCAGAAGCUAAAGCUUUAAUGGGCUUGUAGCUGUUAUAACUAAUUAAUAUCAUGUAUUAAUGUGUAAUAAAUUAAUGUAAAUUUAUUAAUAAAGUUUAUUUCAACCUUAAA